AUCCCUGCAUCCGCCAUUUUUUGAAAUUACAAAGUAGUCAGUGAUAGAACCCUAAUUUUCGUGUUUUGGCUCCAGCAAAUCAAAAGUAAUGAGUCGCAAACAAACUCCAAGUGACUUUCUGAAACAAAUUAUUGGUCGUCCUGUUGUUGUGAAGCUUAAUAAUGGCGUCGAUUACCGAGGAGUACUAGCCUGCCUUGAUGGUUACAUGAACAUUGCUCUAGAACAAACAGAAGAGUAUGCUAAUGGACAGUUGAAAAACAAAUAUGGUGAUGCCUUUUUAAGGGGGAACAAUGUGUUGUACAUCAGUACACAAAAGACAAGUAGAAGAUAAAAAACAGGAAAGUGGAUGAAA